GUGACCAAAUAUCAUUUCUUAUAUAUGGGGUGGGGGUGCAAAAGGAAGAAAGGAUACACAUAUUAUCAGUGCAUGAAAAAUGAGUGUUGGCAUUUAAGAGGGAUUGUGGAGCUCUCAAGCAAUACAAGCAUUUCUUGCGAGCAAAAUUUGCAGGAAAGCAAACUUGAGGGAUGGAAAUGAUGGCUUACGAUAUUAUUGGAAAAGAACUCGCAAGCAACGACGUGCUCAUUGAUGUUCCAUUGGUCAUGGAGCCUCCUAAUCUGUGGCCUGGGUGCUGUAUCUACCGUGUUCCCAAGAAUCUGCGCAAGAUAAACGAAGAAGCCUACACCCCUAUGCUAGUUUCAAUAGGUCCCUUUCAUCACGGUCUAAAAGAAUUGAAGGACAUGGAAAAGCACAAACUGAAAUAUUUUAAGGAUUUCUUGUAUCGGAGCGGGAAGAGCCAGGAAGAUCUUCUAAAGAUCAUUCAAGACAAUGAAGUAAAAAUUCGUCAUUGCUAUUCAGAAGACUGUAAACUCAGCAGUGCAGAUUUUGUAAAAAUGAUUCUAUUGGAUGCCAUCUUUAUAAUUGAGCUCUUCGUGAGGUUCUAUAAUGUACUUAAAGUUGCAGUUGCAGGUAAUGAAAAAGAGCUCCCCGUAAGGACCCGUGAAGAAGAAAAUGAUUACAUAUCAAGUCAACCAUGGUUGGUAGGUGGUAUACGACAUGACUUGAUAUUACUUGAGAAUCAGCUUCCUUUUUUUGUUCUUGAGCAAUUAUAUACUUUUGCCCUCAGUGACUCUUCAGAUCCCGUCCAUCAGCUUGAUUUUAUUAUUCAUUCAAUCCUUUACUUUGGUGCUUACAUUUAUGGUGAGUUUCAUGAUGAUAUGCAGCUGCCAGAAGAGUUCAACAACAAGGAAGUAAAACACUUCACAGAUUUGAUAAGAGAUGUGUUCUAUUCAGUACCAGAUCUGAAACCUACUGAGUCAUUGGAUAAUGUAUAUUGUGCCACAAAGCUUGACGAGGCAGGAUUGAAAUUCAAAGCAGUUGAAAACAGAAGCUUACUUGACAUAAGAUUCCAUCAGAAUAAGUGGUUGAAUUACUGCCCGUUCUCCAAUUUGUCAUGGCUUUUGGCUUGCUUACCAUGCUUGAAAAGUGUUUUUCCGCCCUUGGAGCGUAUGCAGAGUAUAUUGGAAGUCCCACCCUUAAUGAUUCACGACAGUACUGAAGCUCUUUUUCGAAACCUCGUGGCCUUGGAGCAGUGUCAUUAUCCAUCUCACACUUACAUCUGCAAUUAUGUUGUGCUACUGGACUAUCUAAUCGACACUGAACGAGAUGUGGAAUUGCUUGUGGAAAAAAAUAUCAUUGUUAACAACAUCGGUAGUAACAUUCGAGUGGCGAAUCUAAUUAACAAUCUCUGCCUUCAGAUUUUUGAACAUGAAUCUUGUUACGCAGUUCUAGGUAAAAAGAUUAAUAAGUAUUGUGAUAAUCAUUGGAAUCGCAUCAUGGCAACCAUGAAAAGCGUAUAUUUCCGUGAUUUUUGGAGAGGCACCGCAACCAUAGCUGCACUAAUUGUCUUGGGUUUCACUUUCUGGAGUUUUCUUAGGCCUUAUGUCAAGGAGUAGAUUGAAAAGAGAAUGUUUCAGUGUUUGUUCGAGUGCUUUGCUUUUAGCUGCAAUGGAUGCAAGACAUCUGAACUUUGCAAGAUCGUUGUUUAGCUUGUAAUAUCCUCUAUCCCCUUCAUAGCUUGUAAUCCUGAACAUUGUGAGUGGUUUAUGAGAGUUCAGUAUUAAAUAAUUUUUUUUUUAAAUAAAAAAAAAAAAGGAAAAAAAAAAAAGAGAGUGUGUUUUAGCAUCUAUGGAGUGUCUAUGUAUAUAUUUCUACUGAAUUCUAUCAUAUUUAUGCCGAUAUGAGUUUCUCUCUU